GACCGUUCCGUGGUGUACGCCGCGGUGUACGGCCCGAUGGAGAUUCGCGCGGGGAAGCAAGACACGGACAAGCUCGUCAUCGAGGUCGUCGUCCGCCCGGCGUCCGGCGCGCCGUCCUCCGCGGACAAAGAGCGCGAGGUCACGAUCCGACGCGCGCUCGAGCACGUCGUGAAGACGGCCGCGCAUCCGCGGUGCGGGAUCCGCGUCGUCUUGCAGACCGUCUCGAGCGACGGCGGCAUCGACGCGAUCCUCCUGAACGCCGCGUGCGCGGCGUUGAUCGACGCGUCCGUGGACGUCACGGGCGUGCUGUGCGCGUCGUCGCUCGCGGUGCUUCCCGGCGUCGGCGUCGUCGUCGACCCGACCGAGGACGAGGAAACCGCGGCGACGGCGACCGCGACGAUGGCAUACAAC